CAUUAAACUGCUGCUUUCAUAUAAAACCACAAUUUUGUUUGAUUUUACUUUUCUGUAGCUCGAUAACAUAAAAUGUGCGUCUGUUAAAGCGAGCUCUCCAUCCCAACUUGGAUAGGUUUUAAAUAAUGAAAUAGUCCUACUCUCAAAGAAUCUAAAAGCAUUAAUGAUUAGGUUAGAUUAAAUACCACAUUGAUGGACUUCAAGUAAACAGCUUUUUUGCUGUCCUUAUAUUUCCAAAUAGGAGUGAUUUUUUUCAAGCUGGUAGGGAACGUACUACAUGUUCCUCAUUCAGAAAAGAUUUUGGAAGACAUGACUUGUUUGAUGCUUAAUGCCCCUUUUGAUGAGAAACUUUCUGGAUCAUUGAGUCACAUUUGUUUUGGAAGCUCUUUUUGUUCAUCUCAGGAUGGUCUGAUGGGGUGAUGUUGGCUUUUCAGUUCCAUCAACCUCUUUUACUCUUCCCACGUGGUGUAAACAUCCUCUAAUCAAGGGCAGUCGAAGUGUCCUGUUCGGAUUCUGCAAAUAAACUCUCAAUUCUGGCUGGGGUGUUAUUUACCUUUUGUUGAUUCUUUGUGAAGUCAUCCUUCGUCAUACUGGGAAAUGGGCAUGCUGUGGCCUGAUGUGUUUAUCUUUUCAAUGAGGUGAUCUGAUCCUCUGUGGGCACCAAACACUCAAAUAAUAUUUGUGCAUCUGUGCAAAACAGCCAGAGGUAGCUCGGUUGGGGCUAGACCAAUGCUCAAAAAGACUUCAUUUCAAGAGAUGCUCCAGGUUCCUCAUUUAAGUACAGCCAGAUGGCUGCUGAACGAAAACCAAACCCAUGAUUUCAAGCUCCUAUGAGAUACUCUUGGAUUAGGUAAAUUUUGGCAGCCCCAGGCUGUGUCCAAAAUGAAUCACUCAAUCCCUAACCCCUAACCCCCAUAUGAGGUUUCACUAUAUAGCUGACUAUGUAGUGAGCUUAAUCACCGGAAGUUUCAGACACUACAUGGCAUGACGCAAUGCAUGACGGGAUGCCCACCACCAGUGAGUGACCAUCGGAGGUCACUACAUUUUGCAAUGCUCUAUGGGAAAUUUUGAGUCACCUGUAUGGGGCACUGAAAUUGAUCACUCAGGUUUCGGUCACCCCUCAAAAUGGUGCUAACCCCCAUAUAAUCGCCUAUAUAGGGGUUAGGGAUCCAUUUCGGACACAGCCUCAGUUUAUCUCACAACAUACCUGAGUUGUGAUUUAUGACAACAAAUCUUAUCCUGUUGACUUUUGACAGUCAAAUGUGUCAUUUGUUGUAAAUAUCUUAUGUGGAAAUUGUAAAAACAGGGCUGCUUAUUUAGCUGCAAGGCUUUGACUUACCCUCUCUCGCCAGUUUUUGACGUUAAAAACAUGUAGAUGUUCAAGUUAUCAGUCAUGCAACUGAUCAUUGCUAUUGUCUAUUUGUUAUUGUCUAUCACCAUGAAGCAUCAACAAGAAUUUCAGUGUAUUUCAUGAAUGUAAAAAAAUCCUUAUAGGAACUUUAAUUUUGACUUUAUUCUCAUAAAAAUCUGACCUUAACCUCACAAUAUUAUGACUUGAUUUUCUUGUUCCUUUAUUUUUAUUCAUUUAUUUUAAUGUUUAUUAAACAGGGAUCAUACAUACAACAUUGCCACAAGAACUGGAAAACGUGAUGCAUACAAGACGUCUAACUUUAGCUAAUUUGCAGUCCUUGUCUCUGGUCAGGCUUUAGUGUAGGAUAAAAUAUAUUUAAUACUAUAAAUGCAAUAAUACAUGUAAUCAAGGGCAGUCGAUGAGACAGUUAAUAAUUCAUGUAAUAUCAUGACUUCACCUCCCUUAUUUUUGACCCUGGCGUUAUUCUCGAAGGGAAAGGAAAGAAAAGGAAAGGGAAAAUAUGAUUUUACUGACUUUAAUCUCCUGACCCUAGCCCGACAGACGAUGACAAUUCAUAGCCAUAAAGAAUAACCAAUCGGAGCCCUGCACUUCUAGCCAAUCAGAGGCGAAGGAGGCGGGACCUCCCCCUACCUUUCCCCGAAAAUAAGUAUCGGCCCCGGAGUCCCACUGUGCAGGCCAGGCUCGGAGAAAUAGACAGGACGAUCGCGGAACAUGCGUCUGCAUUAGCGGAUUGAAAUGCUUCAUCAUGCCCCCAAAGACAAUUGAGUCCGAGAGCUGGAUAGCUCCUAUGCUACCUGUUUCUACCACCAGCAAUGUUCGGCUGCAAGUGUGCAGAGCAGCGCUGUCUCCGCCCACGACUCAGAGAGGAAUCGCAAAUGAGCUACUCCAGCUCUGCAGAAGAAAAACCCUUAGAAACGACACAGGUAACGGGAUUUUAGCUAAAAACUUCAUAGUCAAAGUUUAAAGACCACUGAUAACACUUUAUGUAGUAAAAAGAAAAAACAAUCGGAGUGAGACUUUCAUGAAAUAGACUGUAUGGUAAUAAACGGAGAAGACUGGUUUAAAAUAAUAAGGCAUUUUUUGCUGCAUCAUGCUUUAAAGAACGCGCGAACCCCCAAUGACGUCAUCACGCCGCCCCAUAUUUUGAAGAACGCGCAGAACCGCGGAACCCCUAUGACGUCAUCACGUCGCCCCAUACUUUAAAGAACGCGCGGAACCCCUAUGACGUCAUCACAGUGAAGACCUUUGAUAUAUAUCAAAGCCAUAUGAUGUCAUCAUGACAUCACUAGAAAGCCAGGGACUUAAAGAAAGGUACAUGUUAAAGCAGCAAGUCGAACUUGGUGAAGGAUAGUAUUAUUUCUCGCUCAUUAACUUGCAGAAUUAGAAAUCAUGCUAUUAUCCUGCAUAGCUAGCUGUUUUUCAGCACUUUCAGGACGGCUUUAUGACUUUUUCAUGCAUGGCUUGGGUUGUGACCCAGACAUACCUGUAGGUCCACCGAAUGAAAAUCCCCAAAACCCAGUGGACUUGAAUGAAGACUUUACAUUGCACCAAAGUUUUCCUCAACCGAGAGGCUUUGCGUGCAUUAAUGAAAUCCUGGAAACUGCCCACAACAGUACCAUUGUGUUCAGAUGCUCAGGGAUUCAGAGAAGUCAAGAGAGGCACCCUGCAAACGUUUUCACUGCUUUGGAAAGAGAAGAUGCCCCAGCCGUUGAGAGAGAAGAUCUAGAGGACUCUCAAAGAGAUACAGGAAAUGAGCCAGGUCAUUACUCAGAGGACACCCCAGGUUGUCAAGAAAUGUUCAACAUAGCCGAAUCAGAGCUUCCAAAUGUUUUCACUUCUAUGGAAAGAGAAGAUGCCCCAGCUGCCGAUGAGAGAGAAGAUCUAGAGGACUUUGUCAGAGAUACAGAAUCAACUAAUGUGGCUUCUAGUCAACAAAUUGUUCUUCGUUCUCCAAGAGCAGUUGCUGUUGUUGCAGCCACAUACUUUGGGAUUGAGAAGAUAGCUUACUACAACGAUGAGGAUCCGACUCUGAUCGUAACCACUUUUGGGACUUUUCACAGAGGCAGAUUCAUUGUCUUUGAGUGUUUCCAAGAAGUCUAUGUACUUGACUGCAGGAUACCUUCAGCAUUUGGCUAUGGAGACAUGACAGCUAAUUACAGUUGCACUGGCUGGUUUACAUCUAAUUCUUCAUCCAUGACUGAGACCUUGGUGACAACUGUCUACCUCAUUCCUAGCAAUGCUGAUCCAAACACAAUGCACAGCCCAGAGAACAACCCAGGCUUUUACUCAGAGGACAACCCAGGUUUCAAUGCAGAGCAAAACCCAGGUUUCAAUGCAGAGCAAAACCCAGGUUUUUACCAGGAGGACAACCAAAGCUUUUACAGAGAGGACAACCCAGGUUUUUACCAGGAGGACAACCCAGGUUUUUACCAGGAGGACAACCCAGGUUUUUACCAGGAGGACAACCCAAGCUUUAACACAGAGCACAAUCAAAGCUUUUACAGAGAGGACAACCCAGGCUUUUACUCAGAGGACUACCCAGGUUUCGACACAGAGCAAAACCCAGGUUUUUACUUGGAGUACAACCCAGGUUAUUACCCAGAGGACAACCCAAGCUUUUACAGAGAGAACAACCCGGGUUUCCACACAGAGGGCCCCCAAGUUUUCCGCACACAGGACAACCCAAGCUUUUACGCAGAGGACAAUGCCCCAGCUGAAGAUCUAGAGGACUUUGUCAGAGAUACAGAAUCAACUGAUGUGGCUUCUAGUCAACAAAUUGUUCUUCGUUCUCCAAGAGCAGUUGCUGUUGUUGCAGCCACAUACUUUGGGAUUGAGAAGAUAGCUUACUACAACGAUGAGGAUCCGACUCUGAUUGUAAUCACUUUUGGGACUUUUCACAGAGGCAGAUUCAUUGUCUUUGAGUGUUUCCAAGAAGUCUAUGUACUUGACUGCAGGAUACCUUCAGCAUUUGGCUAUGGAGACAUGACAGCUAAUUACAGUUGCACUGGCUGGUUUACAUCUAAUUCUUCAUCCAUGACUGAGACCUUGGUGACAACUGUCUACCUCAUUCCUAGCAAUGCUGAUCCAAACACAAUGCACAGCCCAGAGAACAACCCAGACUUUUACUCAGAGGACAAUCCAGGUUUCUACACAGAGCAAAACCCAGGUUUUUACGCAGAGGACAACCCAGGUUUUUGCCAGGAGGAUAACCCGGGUUUUUACCAGGAGGAUAACCCAGGCUUUUACCAGGAGGAUAACCCGGGUUUUUACCAGGAGGACACAGAGCACAACCAAAGCUUUUACAGAGAGGACAACCCAAGCUUUAACACAGAGCACAACCAAAGCUUUUACAGAGAGGACAACCCAGGUUUUAACUCAGAGGACAACCCAGGUUUUAACUCAGAGGACAACCCAGGUUUCGACACAGAGCAAAACCCAGGUUUUAACUCAGAGGACUACCCAGGUUUUAACUUAGAUUACAACUCAAGCUUUUACGCAGAGCAAAACCUAGGACAACUCAGACUUCAAUUAAGUCAAUGA